CGUGCAGCUGUCUGAACAAUACAAAUUUUGUUUCAGUUUCCAAUGUUGUGACUAAACAAAUGUUUGUUUUUGUGCCAGAUGAAUGGAGAGAGUCCUAUAUAUGUCGCUUCGUUUAAGGAACGGUCGAAUCUUUUCUCUGUCUUCCAUAUAUUGAUAUUUCAGUGCCGCCCUGUAAGUCGUCUGACAGCUACCUCCGUUGUGAAGUGAAAUUUAAUAUGUGCGCGCGAAAAUUGAGUAUUAUUGAUAAUUGCUGGUUGAUCUAUAAUGGAACAUUCAGUGAUGGUUGAAUGAAAUAUGUUUCCACGACCCAUUUUGGGCCGCGAGUCUCAGACUCGGAACUUGUACGGAAACGCUGGAAAACGAAGCACCUCGUGGAGCAGUGCAGCGAAAGUGAUGUUGUGAGUUUCUGGAAAUUGUAGAAACAUUGUUGUGUGUGUGCCAAAUGCUGUAGAUGAAAAUAAUCCGGGAUAACCGCCAUGGCGUGCAUCCGGGCUGUGCGGUCGCCCCAGGGCUCCACCGACGACCUCCUUAAGCAGCAGGCCGCCGUGCCGAGGAAGCACGGGCCCAUCAUACAGGUGUACACAGACUGGGCGAACCACUACUUGUGCAGAACUCGCAACAAGAGGUUGAUCCACGACCUGCAGACUGACGUGUGUGACGGAGUUCUCCUUGCCGACAUCAUUGAAGCUGUCACUAGUCAGAGUGUCUCCAACAUAAAUCAGAAACCAAAAACUUCGUCACAAAUGAUCGACAAUAUCAGGGCAUGCCUCGCUUGCCUGGGAGAGCUGGGGGUGAGUGUGGAUGGAGUCCAACCUGAAGAUGUACGUCACGGGAACCUGAAGGCAAUUCUCGGUCUGUUCUUCUCUCUGUCGCGGCAUAAGCAGCACCAGAAGCAUCUCAUAAAACAGUCUGAAGCUAUGCCGAGGAUUCCUUCAGCGAUCAGUAAGCACGGCAGCAAUGCGACGAGCAUUCCGUUGCCUGCGGGCUCCCGUUUGUCUGGAAUCGAAGAUGGCCGGCAGUCAACUAUUCCUCCGGGAAGCGCCUAUCACCAGCCUCAAGGAGGCUCCUUCAACGGUUCAGCGUGCAGCUCCAGGUCCACAAGUCCAUCUUCUGCCCAUUCGCUGAUACCGACCGUUAGCAGGUCGGUGGGACCUCAUGACAAGCAUCCAUCAAGUACCAGCAGGGUACGAAGCAGCGCCCCAUGUUCGAGCACUACCACCAGUCCUUCGUCCCCUCGCGGAAGUACGCAGCAGCGGGUGGUAUCUGAGAAGAGCAGCAUGCUAGGCGGCCUCAAAUUCUUCUCCUACAAGGAGAAGAACAGUGGCAGUAGAGUCAAAGGAGGAAAUGCGAAUGUGUCCAAAAGAACCUCCAGCUCAAGUGGAUUCAGCUCUGCCCGAUCAGAAAGGAGUGACUCUUCUGCCAGCUUGUGUAGUGAUGCUAAGCCUUGUCCCAGUUCUGUAUCUCAAGAUGAGAGACUGGACACUAGCCCUUCACUUUCGAUCAGACAUCAAAGCAGUGAUGAUUCAAGUUCAAAGGGAUUGUCACGUGGAUUUAGGAACAAACUAGUGAAGGGUCCAAGUGUUGGUAGUUCUAAAGAGGUGAUCCAGGUUUCACCAAAGAGUAAACCUAAGAUCCAGAACAAUAAAUCAUCACCGAAAUUGGUGUGUAAAAGUGGAAUUGGCAGUAGAGAAUGUAAGGGGGUGAUAGUGGAUGAGCAGCACAAAUUGAGGGAUGACCCUGCUCAAGGAUUAGUGCAUGGUGAUCCAAAAAUGCAUGGGAAGGAAACUGUGAAUAAUGACAGUUACAGGUAUAUGUGUGAACCAAUAGGAAAUCCAGAAAAUAUUGCUAGACAAGGAAAACUUUUGAGUACAAAUGUGAAAUCUGAUCAUGCAGUUUCAAAGAUACGAGGCCAGUCAUCAGUGAAAAUUGGUGGUAGCUCUAGCAACAGCAUGUCAUUGAGGACUCCACCUGCUCCUGCUUGUGCAAUUGGAGGACCUGGAAGCAGCAUCCCUAAGCCCACUGCUGCUGUAAAAGGUACCAGCAAACCAGCCAAGGAAGAGCGGAACCAAGUGGCAAGUCCAGUGAAACAGUCAGUUAUACACCGUGAUGCUCUGCCACGCCAGAAGCAAUUGGGAAGUUGGGACAGUGACAUGGGGGGAGGUAUCAGUGUGGCUCUUGUUUCUCCAAUGCCUAGUGAGAACAGUUCUAGUAUGAGUGAAUCAACAUACUCCACCUCAACUGGACAGUCCAACUCUAAUUCUUCUGACAGCAGUGUUAUCUACAGACCCAGCUCUGAGAGUGGCAGUGAAUUGGGCAAACCCGUACCUAAGAAGAUAGAGACAACCUUCGAUAACUUGGAUAAGGUGAUUACUGAGGAGGCUCCACACAUUCAGUCUCGAGAAACAUCAUUUGGAGGUGGAGAAGAAGAAGCAACAAUGAACGUUAUGCCCAUGCAACCAUUACUUCGUGGCUACACACCAUCUGGACCAAGUAUACAUAUGUCCUGCAUGGGUAUGCAGAAUAAACAAAGCAUGAAGUGUUUCAACUACGCUCAAUAUUUGGAUCCCAUGUUGGACAUCAAGAGAGGAGUGGGUGAUGGUGGUUAUGGAGAUCCAGACUACACCAAUAUAGAAGUUAUUUCAGGUUAUUUGUCUGAUGGAGAUGCAUCGCGAGGUAAUGUGACACACCCGCUCUCCGAUGCGUGUGAUGGAUACAUGUCGGAAGGUGGAGCAUCUCUCUGUGCUCGAAGAUUGCACGCCCAACAGAUCCUGUUACAGGAAAAUCGGAAUUCCAGUACCAACGUCAGUCCAAGUGGUAAGGGCGAACCAUUGCUAAGAAGAGUUGUUGCCAGACCAAAGCCACGUUCAUGUUUGGAUGAUAACAGAUCAGCCUCCAUACGUGUUUCGGAGACAUUUGCCGAGCUGUCUGCAGACGAGCACCUCCCCGGCCACUCACAUAACAAGCGUUUGGUGCAAGGUGGGCCUGGGGGGUGUCUCAAAGGGCCUGGCAGUCAGAAGCCCCUGCCAAUUCCUUUCAAUCCUUCUGAUCAAACACAAGUAAUAUUCCGAGUAGUUGGGUCCCAUUCUCAUGUCAAGAAAUCAGACAGCAGCCAACAGACAGAUAACAGUGCCUUCAGACAAAAUUCUGGUAGUCCAGCAAAGAAACAUGCUGAAAACAGUGGUAAUGGAGGUGGUCGAGUGCCAGAGUUACAACAUGGCAAGACGGACCCAGAAGUGGUGAGACAGCAGAGAGGAGAGAAGCGGGGCUCAGGCUCUAGCCCUGGUGCCAUCAGCAAUGGGCUUGCUCGCAAGCCCGACAAGAACGCCGAUAGGCAGAAGAAAAUGGGUGUAAAAGAAGAUGGAACAAACAAGGAAAAGGAAUACUGUAGCAACAUAGAGAAACAGCAACCGAAGACUGAUAGAGCAUCUCCACAUGGGUCUUCAGGGUUGCGUUCAAAUGGUGAAGCAAAGCAGAGUAAGGUGAGAGGGGUUCCACAGAGUUUUGGCUAUGUGAAGCGCUCCACAAAUGGAUGUGCUGGCAACAAAAGUGAGCUUCGUACAGCCCAAGUGUCUGCAGUACCUCGUACAAAGUUAAAGGUGUCAGGUGGCACACAGACAUGCACUAAUGACCUGCAGCAGCAGUCACAACCCCAUCACUACAAGUCAUACUCGCUCACUGGCCCCUCUGCUAGCCAACUGUCGCAGAGUGUGCGGGACCGCCUCCUGCUUGGAUCACAGAGUUUGCCUAAACCAGGCACCAGUGAACAUGCUGCCCUGUUUCACCCACACAGAGGUCAACAGAGAGGUCAUCGUCCCUCAGAUGGCUCUCUCUCAGAUACAACAUACUCUAAUUAUGCAGAUUUGCAGAACUACUAUGCCAAUAGCAGCCCCUAUAGUUCAUGGCUGCGGUAUAGUGCCACAUAUACAUCAUCACUUCCAGCCAGGGCAAGUGCAGCAGCAGGCUUAGUGGAGGCAGACAGUGUUGAGUCUCUGUGCUCUCUACCGGCACAGUUGCAACAUCAUCGUGCUAGCCUCACUCAUGCCCGUCUGUUAAUGCAUCAGAGAGAGAGCAGUGCAUCACCAGGUCCCCGUCUCAAUCGUAGCAACAGCAUAAGAUCCACCAAAUCUGAGAAGAUGUACCCGUCCAUGCUUCAACGCUCAGAAGAACUGGAUCCCUACUAUGGGAUUCCUCUGUGUUCAAAUGCAGUGAGCCACUCCUCCCAGCCCACUAGUCCAACACCCAGCCAAGUGUCCCAGGGCACAAGCUCCAGAUUCAACUAUUCGCCAAUCACAACAUCUGCUUCUAGUCAUGGGCUGAGCCGAAUCAGUAUCUCUCCAUACUCUGGUCUUCUUUCAAAAACAAAUUCCAAAGAUGAUGAGAUUCAUGGCUCUUCGGUUAGCCUGGUAUCUACUGCAUCUUCACUGUACAGCACACCAGAGGAGAAGCAGUCCCAUGAAAUUAGGAAACUGCGUCGUGAGCUACAGGAUGCGCAGGAGAAAGUUCAUACCCUCACCAAUCAAUUGUCAACAAAUGCACAUGUGGUAUCUGCUUUUGAACAGUCAUUGUCGAAUAUGACACAACGUUUACAGCACCUCACCUCAACUGCUGAGAGGAAGGAUUCUGAACUGUUGGAAUUACGUCAGACAAUUGAGUUGUUGAGGAAACAAAGUGUAGAAGCUGGAUUAACAUCAGCGCAUAUUCAGAGCAUGUCACCAUCUCUUGCCCGAAGACAUACAAUCAACAUUAAUGCUGGGGCACAAGGUGGAAGCAGCAUGUUGCGCCAACUGUCCACAGAUUCUGUGUCAAGUAUCAAUUCCUUGUCAUCGGCCUGUAGUCUGUCGAGUUCUGCUCAUGCCCCUGACAACUCUACUACCUCUGCCAGCAAGAAGAAGAAGAAAGGUUGGCUGCGUAGUUCCUUCAGUAAAGCAUUUUCACGUUCAAAGAAAAAUAAAAAUGGAUCUGUGUCUGAUGUAGAGGACUCCCGAGGACUGAGCUCAGAUAUUUCUGCCCCUUCCUCUCCACUUCUGAAUGCACCGCAUCAUAUGAAUGGGAGUCAAAUUAAAGGAAGCCAGUCAUCCUCUGCCAUCUAUGAUAAGGAGCCUCAUGAAGCACGGCCUGAUGUUGUGGAGGAGCUGAAGAAGCAGCUGAGAGAGAAAGAUCUUGUUCUCACAGAUAUUCGUUUGGAGGCACUUAGUUCUGCACACCAGCUGGAAUCUCUGAAAGAUACAGUCAUCAAAAUGAGGAAUGAAAUGUUAAACCUGAAGCAAGAUAAUGAACGACUACAGCGAAUUGUUACAAGCAAAUCACUAACAUCUUCACAGAGUUCACUUCCUAUUACAGACAGCUUGGAAAGAAGGUUCAGCAUGACUGAAACAUCAACACCCCUGCCAACAGACCCAGAUGGCAAGCGUGUUGUAGUUUCAGUUUUCCUUGGCUCACAUGGAAGUUACCAUAAAUAUAUAGAAGAUGGGAAUACUCCAUCAUCAUGUGUGAUUGCAGCACUUUUCCUAAGUGGGAAAACAAAAUGGGACAUGUUGGACUGCCUUAUCAGGAGAGUUUUCAAGGAGUAUGUUCUGCGAGUGGAUCCAGUCUCAAACCUGGGCUUAAGUGCGGAGUCAGUAUGCAGCUACCACAUAGGGGAGGUCGUGCAACACAAGGACAGUCAAGUGCCUGAUCUACUGCCUUAUGGGUAUCUAGUCGGUGACUCGCAAAACAGUAUUUAUGUCUGCCUGAAAGGUGCUCUCCACAACUGCAGUGUAGAUGCACUUGCCUUUGAGACUCUCAUCCCCAAGUCAAUUGUGCAAAGGUACGUGUCACUCCUGAGCGAGCACAGGAGGAUCAUCCUUUGCGGUCCAAGUGGCACUGGGAAGUCUUACCUUGCCAAUAAACUAGCAGAAUUUCUUGUACUUCGUGAUGGGAAGGAGUCCACAGCUGAAUCAAUAGCCACCUUUAAUGUGGACCAUAAAAGCAGUAAAGAACUGCGUCAGUAUCUUGCCAAUGUAGCAGAGCAGUGUGAGAAUAAUGCAUCAGACCUUCCCUCUGUAAUCAUACUGGACAACCUCCAUCAUGCAGCUUCUCUUGGAGAAGUGUUUAAUGGCUUCCUGAACGCAAAAUAUUCCAAGUGCCCUUACAUUAUAGGAACAAUGAAUCAAGCAACAUGUUCUACCACCAACCUACAGUUGCACCACAAUUUCAGGUGGGUUUUAUGUGCGAACCACAUGGAGCCCGUAAAAGGUUUCCUUGGUCGGUUCCUGCGACGACGCUUGUUGGAAGCGGAAGUUCAGGAAGGUGUACGCAACAAUGAUCUGAACCGUAUCUUCGACUGGAUACCAAAGGUGUGGCAGCACCUCAACAAGUUCCUUGAAACACACAGCUCGUCUGAUGUCACUAUUGGUCCUCGGUUGUUCCUGUCAUGUCCAUGUGACCCAGAUGGAUCUCAGGUAUGGUUUACUGAUUUGUGGAACUACUCAGUUGUACCAUAUCUGCUAGAAGCUGUUCGUGAAGGGCUGCAGUUGUAUGGGCGGCGGGCUCCCUGGGAGGACCCCACUCAUUUCAUUUGUCAGACUUACCCAUGGACAGGAAGCACUGUGCAGGGAGGUCAGGAGGCACUACUUAGGUUACGACCAGAAGAUGUUGGUUAUGACGUACAGCAAAGUGGAGGUGUUGGAGGCAGUAGCAUCAAGUCAAUGAGUUCCACACAGAGUGACACGGAUGGUGAUCCACUGUUGAAUAUGUUGAUGCGACUUCAGGAAGCAGCCAAUUAUUCUAGUCCGCACAGCAGCAAUGACUCCGAUGCUGUCAGCAUUGAUUCACAUCCUAGCAGUAUUCACUCUGAUGAUAAAGCAAGCUCCCGGGUAGAAUCAGCCCUGUGAAACAAAUUGAUCACCUAAUGGUCAUUGCUUGUCUCCUCCUGAUGCAUUUUCAUUUUCUUCCAAUCAGAGUGUCAAAAAGAGAUGUUACUAUUGAAAGAGGUAAAUAAAGUAAGAGUGUUUCAGCUCAGUUAUAUGUGAAAAUAUUUUUACUUGUUUAACAGGAAUCCUUGUGUUGUUUAGGUAUCCAUUUUAUGACCAGAAGAUUGUAAUUUUGAGGUUUUGUUGAUGUAACUUUUGUAUAUAUUGAAAAAUCAUUUGUCUCAACCAGAUAAUUUAUUUCAGAGAAAUAAAUAUAGUCCAAGUAAUAGGCAUGUAAGUAAACAAAAAGUGAUCAUUUAUCAUACCAUGUAAUUCUAAAACAGGAAGUGGAAUAUGAAAGUAAUAUCAUAUUGUCAUGUGUUAGUCACAGUACAUUAAUUAAUUUACAAAUAAUUGGUGUAGUGCAUCAUUUUGAACAUUGCAGUUUGUUUCAUUCAUAAUAAAAAUGAUAAUAUGAGGUGCUGAAUAAAAAGGUGACACAAGUUACAUUUCUUAAAAUUAUUGGAAAAUGCAUUUGAAUUUAGCUUUAAGAAUAAAAAUUUAAACCACUACUGGCUUAAGCAAAUUUAUAUACAUUGUUUGCAACGAAUUAUUCUUUUUAAGACAAAUAUAUUUCCAGGUGAAAUGGAAAGAAUUUAUUAUAAUAAAAUUCCAUUUACAGGAAAAUAUGUUUUCACUAUUGUCAGUAACUUGGCAGCAAAUGCGGUAUAAGUGUACUGAACAAUACAAACAUGCCGGUCUUGUAAUUAAAAUAAACACUACACAUAUCAAUGAGUAGUCACUGUCUGUGUUGAACACUCUACUGUCUGACUGAAUGUCAUAAUUUCCUGACUCCCUCAUUAUUGUCCUUCAUCCUUAUUGUGAUCUAUGUACUUGUCCUCUACCCACUCUUGUGGUUGUGCUUUCUUCUUAUCCUGUAUAAAAAAAUUGAGAUAUCUAAUUCAUGCUGUCCUGGGUGAAUCACAGGUAGCAGUGCCUGGGGAUUCUUCAGUUUUGGUUCUUUAAUAAGUAGAGGCUAUGUGUACAAAGCAGCAGUGGUUGGUGGUCUCCCUUUCUGAUAUUCCUUUAAGUCUUAGGAACUUAGGGUUCAUUGUAGACUUCACUAAAAUAACUUACGAUCUCUGCUUCUCGAAAUUCAUCCAGCAUAUAGAAGACAAUUUUAAUCUAUGCCUUGAUUCAUCCUUGCAUUUGGAUGGAUUCAUAUUAACAACAGAAUCCACUGAGAUAAAAUCUAAUGUUGCCAUAAUUCCUUCUUGACUUAAGAAAUUGUGUUUACCUAAUCAUCAGAGAUAAGUUCAUGUUCUGCUUUAGUCUAGUAUGUUUCUGUUACACUCCUGUAGCAUUCUAAGUAGGUAUGUCAUUCUAAAAAUUUAUGGUCAACAGAUUCUAAGGUCCUGUCUUUAAGAGUAGAUAUCUAGAAUGUUGCCAUGUUUCUCUUUCUCUUCUGUCCACCAUAGCCAUCACUACGAGUAUAUGCUGUGAUAUUUUCAGCAGCAUUAUGCUCUGAAACAAGAAACAGCUUGUAGGAUUUUGGGUUCUCACAGCAUAGUUAUGAAGAGUUCUGUCUUCUGGGAUAUGCCUGUUGAAAGUCAACUUGACUUUCAAGAGACUACAUGGUGUUAUUGCUGAAGAUGGAACUUUACAGUCAACAAGUUCUUGUGAACCAUGGGGUGCAGUGGAUUCAUGUCACAGAUAUACAUUUGCUUCUUCUGUGGCUAGAUUUUGAAUAUAAAAACUGUAAGUCCAGAACACACCUAUGUAAUAUUAUACCUUACUGGUAGAUAUUGCUGGAAUGAGUAAUGACUUGCAGAUCAAAUUAUGCAGCCAUUGUUUCCUGUUAUCACUGCUGAGCAAGCAACUUGUCCUCUCAUUUAUGAUGUUACAGCAUUUUGCAGCAUUCUGUGUAACACCUCUAGCUAUUUCUGCACGUGUUUACAUUUAGAUUUGAAAGCCAUUCAAAAAAAAAAAAAGAGAUAGUUAUUUGCAAGUUUCAGAAUGAAGCUGAUAAAAACUCAAAUUUAACUCAUUACUGAAUUUGAGACAGUACUGUCAUUCUUUUACAGGUGAUAUGUUUCAUUCCUUUCACACAUCUAUAUAUAUAAUUCAUACAUAUUCAUGAUACUGAAAUGCUGUGGAAGAUAUUUUCUCUCUGGUUUAUACUGCAAUGAGUGAUGAUUGGUGGUACUUUGGAAAGGAAUUAAUGUGACUUUUGCCCAGAUUUUGUUGUAAUUCUGGUAGUGGUGGUCUCCCUUUGCAGCCUCUUUAGUAAUGUUUUGUAAUACCAGUUGACUUAGCUCUGUCAGUUGCCCUUGUGAAUCUGCUAUUUCUUAUAGAUUAGGUUCUCAAGAAAAAAAUCCUUACACACUUUUUUCUAAACAGAUGGAAUAGUUCCUACUUUGGUACACACAUGUAUCUUCUAUGUCAUGAUGGUUCUUCCAUAGUAAUGCUAGAUCAUAUUAGGAAUUUUAUGGUUUCCAGGAACAUAACUGAAUUCAUGAAAACUGCCCUUAUGUUUUAUCUUUUAAUAUAUUUUCACGUCUCCUGGUAACAUGACGAGAAAUGAAUGGGCUCUGGAUUAGAUGAAGUUGUUUAUUGAAUAAGUCGUUUACAAUACAAUCACUCUGAAAUGUCUUCCAGACGAUGCAAUCUGGCUAGUCUGUAGUCUAUUGGUUUUUAGCUGAGCUGGUUUCUUCUGCUCAGCUCUGCUCAGUUCACCUAUGAUCUGUUCUGACCUCUUUUCAAUUCUCCUCUGUUAUCUAUGACCUCAAUUCUGACCUCUCUUGGUCUGUUAUAACCGACAGUCAGACUGCCUAGAAGACACCUUGAUCAAGGGUCCCAUUUCACAUGUUGUAUGCACCAGUAGCUAAAGGUAUUCAUUACCGCGGAAACUGUAUUAGUCCUGGCUUUCAUUUCAAUAGUAAUGUCUGUAUGUCGUGUGAACUUGUUUUAUUGUCACUCUGACAACGAUAUGGAACUGUGGAUACCAAGCUAUUGCCUCACAAUGAACGCCCACUCUGACUCAGAUAUUCUGGCUUUUAGGUGGCACGCCACAAUAUCAUUGUUGCACUGAAACCUACAUGUAUGAUUGAAUUCUUUCAGUGAUCAUCUGUCUUUAACUUCUCCAUGAUAUAUAUAUUUCUGACCCUUGUUUCUGAGUCACUUUGAACAUUGUAAUUCAAUAAUAUAUUUAAUCAAUCACAUUAUUUCACAUGCUUCCACAAGCCUGCCAUCUUAUCAUACAUAUCAUUUUACUAAAUCCUGUCUCUUCUUCUAUGAGGAUUGAAACCAGACCAAAAUAGAGAUUCAGCAGUUUAUGAUACAUCUACCCCAGGUUCUUUUUUUAGCUUUGCCAUAUCAAGAUUACUUAUAACACAUAAAAUCAGCAUCUUAAAUUCUGUACCUUGUGCCACCUUUUACCUAGCCUUUUAUAUUUAAGAGGCGUGGAGUAAUUCUCAACAAAUCUUUGAUCCAAUUGUAAAAUUGCACUCUUGCUGUCUAAUUGAUGGAUCAGCAUAAUCUCAGGCAUAUAAUCAUACAUAAUCUACUGUAAUAUUCAAGAGAACAAAUAUGUAUUUUGAUUCCUGAAAUUUAAUGAAGAAGUGCACGUCUUAUAUUGAAUCACAUAAUUCUUGAUGUCCAGUAAGGCCUGUAUAUUACUGGUAAUCCAUUAUUGUAGUUAUUGAUCUCCGGGCCAAGAUACUCAGAACUAAAAAGUGAGGUAAAAUUACUGAUUGGAGUUUUGAGUAUUGACUUGGAAUGGUGUGCAUGCUUACAUCAGUUUUAUAACAACUUAUGUGUAUUUAACCAGUUCACACCAUCAUGCCAUGACAUGAAAAAUAUGAUAUUUUAACAUGACUGAUGAAAAUUAGUUUUGUGAUCAGACAAGCAGAAAUUCACAACAGUCACACAUAUUAACAAACAGUGCUUUGGUUACUCUUGGUUUUUUAAAAUCAAUGUUAAUGUGCUGGCAGUAAGCAGAUUACAGCACUUUUAAAAAAAAAUUAAUGUGAUACAAGUUUUUACAUUUUCUUGUUAUUUAUUGUGUUUAUGUGGUGAUCUAACUUCACAGACAUCCCAUUGUCAGUAUAUAAAAUAUCCUUAUUUCCAUCGUAGUUGGAAGGCUAAAAGUGAUUGGCAAGUAGGUCUUAGUGUAAUUAUUCAGGUUCUGAUAAUGACCAUAAUCAUGAUAUAUUCUUAGCUGGAAAUAUGAUGACCAAACAGAACCACUGUACAGCCUAACACAUAGAAAAUAUGAACAGUGUGAAUUAGGAUGAUAAUUCAAAUACCACAUUCCCCUCUCCUUUGACCCUACAUUGGGAAGAUGAAAAAAUGGACAAUACUUCUGUUUAACCAUCAGAUUUACUGACAUCUGUUACUUUACUAUAUUUACUUACUGAGAGCAUGGUUGUAUUUCCUAUUAUCUUUAGGCUUACUUUUUUUGGGGGUAAAUUCCUACAGCAAAAUAUAUGCACAACAAAAAACAGUUUGCAAUUCUCUAGUGACAGCCACGGGGUUUAUUAGUUUGUUUUUUAACAAUGCUGUCAGUGUUGAGUAUAUUUAGCAUCAGUGAUAGGAUGAGUUAAUGAGUGUGAAACAGUAGGUAAAAUGAGAAUUCUCAGGGGAAACCAAAAUACUCUGAGAACAUCUGCUCUGCUGCCACUCUCACCAUGCCACUGUCUUGUUUAGGUGCUUUAGUAGUCUGCUACUAUAAUUUAUAGGGUCUUUGAUGUAUUCCUUGCAGUUAUUAUAUUCACUAACAUUGCAUGAGAAAGGAAACACAAUUUAACUUCAUGUCGUUCAUGCUCUUGUAUUAUUAUAUUUGGUACUGUGAAUGUCAGAGAGAAGUAAAGGGAAACAUGAGGUUAAAGAUGUAUAGACACACAGGUCACAGUAGUAAAUCUUAACAUUCUUGUAGCAAGAACUCAAAUCAUGCCUUGGACAUUCUCCUCCAUUUCCCACAAUGCAUUUCCUUAAAUCUCUCAUAAUGCUAUCUAUCUGGAAUGUGGUUAUUUUCUCAGGUUUCCCCACCAAGAUUUUGUAUGCAUUUUUUGUUUCCCAAUCCUAGUUACAUUCUCAGACCAAUGGAGCCUCUUAGUGUUCACUAUCCUAACAACACUAGGUGACCUGUAUAAAUCAUUAAGUUUUUCAUUAUAUAAUAUCCUAAUCAGUAUCACAUGACAAAAGGAGCAGAGCUUCCUUUGGCCAAACUACUUUUUUUAAAACUUGAUAUAUCAUGAUACUUCUCCCGUGACAGUUAACUGUUAAUUAAUUCUGAGCUGAUUCAUGAAUAAUAAUAAUAAUUUUAUCAGUGGGUUUGCAUGGCAGAUACUUGUGCUCUAGGAGAGCCAUUUAUACACACACAGUUUGUUUUAAGUUCUCAUGGGAACAUUCACAUUGUGGUCAUAUGGGUUCUUGUGACAGGUGUAGCAUAGUACUCCACCUACCAGGCUAGUGUUAUAACCGAGCAGACAACAGUUUGACAUUAAACAUUACUUAUAAUUCCUGGUAUAAUUCAAACUGCAUGUUAAUACCAGAUAAAAGACUGUUAUAUUUUGCCAUUCCAGUUGUGUAUGAUAUAAAUACAGUUUUCUAGACAAUCAUAUGUUGCUGAAGAAUUGGAACUGCAAGACACAGCUGCCAUUCCAAUACAGAAAUGAUUAUGUAGAGCUCAGGGGAAAUGUGAGCUUCAGAGUUCAGCAAUGAAGAUCUGAGAAUUAAGUAAGAUGUUAAUGGUAUUAUAUUUCACUCGUAGAGAUAACUGCCUUUGACUGCAUUACAUAAUCAUGUGGCCAACCUUUUACAUAUUUUUUUUAAGUUAUCACAAUAUUAAAUGUCCCAUAAUGAAUAUUUUAUAUAUAUACUCAACUAAUUUGAAAGUACAAAAGUGUCAUUACUCAUGUAUGAUUUUAUUAUUAUGGUGUAUACCUUCCCAUCAGAAUGUUCUCCAGUACUUCCAGUUUGCCAAGCAUGUACUGUCCACUUGAAACUGAGAGUUCUAUCUAGAUAUGAGUAAUUUUGUAUGUUUGUAGUAUACCGCCAGGUUUGUCAGAAAGUACCAGAGUUCACUAUUACCCCCAGCUGCUGCUUUACAGUGUUAAAAGAGAUGUGUUUUCCUUGCUUUACUAUCAGUUCCAAGAAAUGAACAUUGUCCAAGUUAUGUUCUGCUGUGGAACAGACUGCAAAUAAAAUAUGUUUAUACCAUGUAAUGGACUGUUCAUUUCAAUUAUUGUACUGUUUCAUUUAUGUUUUCUUUGUAGGCUUACUUAAUGCCUAUUUUGUUCCUGAUGUACCUUGUAACUGAUAUAGCAACAGACAUUUUUGCUUGUAAAUUGUAGCAGUGAAUUAUGAUUGUAAUGCACAGUAAAAUUUUAUUCUUCAGAUGUAGAGUUCAAACUCAUUUAAGUAUUAAUACGUGUAACCUGUCUAAGAUAAGAAUUUGCAGUUACAAAUUAUUAUUAUCAUUAUUAUUGUUAUUACUAAACAUAUUUGUUUUUCAAUAGAAAUAGAAUUUAAAAGAUGACUUCACCUAAUAUACAAUACUGAUAUUUUUCAUGACAUUUCACACACAUAAAAAUAAGAAGGCUGCAGAGUCAGAGAGUUAAUAAAAAUUUGUUCCACAAUACUGAAGUGUGCAAUAACAGGCCCCAAAUUAAAUUUUUACUCUUAAUUUUCUUGUAAUCUUUAGUCUGAUACACAAACUUCCCAUUUAAAUUCAUAUUACAGUGCCUUACCAGAUUUUUACUUUUCAAAUUGAAAUAAAUUUUCCUAAAUUUAUUGUGUUAGGUCUCAGUUUGAAUGUGAAAGUGAAAUUUGUUGCAGUAUGAAUGUAACUUUUAUGAAUAUGUAACAUAGUAACACUUGUGAUAUUACAGUCAAAGCAUCAGGAAUGAAGGUCAUACUUCAAUGUGGUGUUCAUUAUGAGUGAACUUAUAUCCAAAUGGUGUAAUGGUCUGGAAGGUAUUGAUUUGAAAUGCAUUCGUUUUGGAAUAUAAUCCAUACUGUGCCACUGCUCUUUUGCCCCCUGCCCCCACACUACCCAUAUAGUUUAAACAUGCUGUAUUCCCCAAAUAUUAUUUGAACUUUUUUUCUCCAGCUAUUACCCAAAAGAUUGACUGUGCAUCAUAUUAGCAUAUUGUGACAUAUAUA